AUGGGCAUUCUGCCCCCGUUGGACGUGGAGGACAGCUUGUCCGAUGAAACCGCCGUGCCAGUGUUCCACUCCCGCCUCGCUCGAGCGCUCGACCGCCCGCUCUUCCCAUGGAAGAAGCUCAUCAUGGGCUUCGCCGUCGGCGAAUACCUCCUCGACACCUUCUUGACCCUCCGCCAGUACCGCGUCCUUCAGAAGCCCAAGGUCCCCAAGGUCCUCGAACACGAAGUCACCCAGGAAGUCUUUGACAAGUCCCAGGAUUACGGCCGCGCCAAGGCCCGCUUCUCGCUCUUCAACAACCUCUACGGCCUCGUUCAGAACCUCGCUUUCAUCCACUUCGACGUGCUCCCCAAGAUGUGGGAUUUCGCCGGCGACCUCCUCCUCCGUAUUGCGCCCGAGGGCUACCGCGGCGAGAUCUGCCAGUCCAUUGUCUUCGUCAUCGCUUUUACCGUCCUCAACCAGGCCCUGUCACUCCCUUCCACCAUUUACCACACCUUUGUGCUGGAGGAAAAGUACGGCUUCAACAAGCAGACGCCCAAGCUCUUCGUGACCGACCUGAUCAAGUCCAACAUCCUGACCUUUCUUCUGAUUCCUCCCAUCCUCGCCGGUUUCCUCACCAUCAUCCAAAAGACGGGUAACCAGUUCUUCUUCUACCUGUGGCUCUUCGCCGCCGGACUCCAGGCUUUCAUGAUCACGGUCUACCCCAUCUUCAUCCUGCCCUUCUUCAACAAGCUCUCGCCCCUCGAGCCCGGCGAGCUCAAGACGGGCGUCGAAGCCCUCGCCGCCAGCCUCAAGUUCCCCCUCCAGGAGCUCUCCAAGCACAUUGUCCUCUACGACACCCUCAUUGAGAAGAGCGAAAACUCCGAGGUCAUCGCCGUGCUUGCCCACGAGCUCGGCCACUGGCACGAGGGCCACACCACCAAGCGCUUCGGUAUCAUCCAGCUCCACUUCAUCUACAUCUUCACCCUCUUCUCCGUCUUUGUCAACAACGCCUCCCUCUACUCGGCCUUUGGCUUCGUGGCCCAGCGCCCCAUCAUCAUCGGCUUCCUCCUCUUCUCCGACGUCCUCACUCCCACCAACUCUGUCAUCCAGCUACUCAUGAACAUCCUCAGCCGCCACGACGAGUUCGAGGCCGACGCCUUCGCUUCCCGCCUUGGCUACAAGGCGGAGCUCGCCCGCUCCCUCAUCAAGCUCCAGAUCCAGAACCUCAGCACCAUGGACGCCGACUGGAUGUACGCCUCGUACCACUACUCGCACCCCAUCCUCAGCGAGCGCCUCGGUGCCCUCGGCUGGACUCCCUCGGAGAAGGUCUCCAAGGUCGAGGAGGAACCCUCGACUGCCAAGACCACUGGACGAGACGAGCUCUAA